GUCAAAACAACACGGGGGCGAGCAUGCAUGCUCCUGGAAUGACUCCCGCAGGAUAGGUCGCUGGCGCAUCGCACAACUGCACCAAAAUGCCUGUUUGGUCAGUGCAGACUAAAAAAUCAACAAUGAUAUAGACUGGGUUUUAUUGCAGAUAGGCUAUACAGUUCAUCAAUGCUAUAUCCACCUCAUUCUAUUAUAAGCAACACGAUCAGGAGAAGGAACGAUGUUGGAUGGACUCCGUCGGCGGCACGGCUCUCGCCCCUCCCCCCGRCCCCUGUCACUCAACUUCACCACCUUCUCAGCCCCGCCCCCAAGCCAUGAUGUGGACAAUAGCGAUCAUCCAAUCAGGAGAACUCUACACAGGCUGAAGUUGAUGAGCUCUCCCAGUCUUAGUGAGCUAGGAAAGAGUGAGAAGGGAUCACCGGAGGAGAGAGGAGAGAAACAGAAGAGGGCUGGGGCCAACGCUACCUGGAACAGCAUCCACAAUGCUGUCAUUGCCGUCUUCCAGAAGAAAGGUCUGGCUGACAAUGAACUCUAUGUCCUCAACGAAGGUGUCAGGCACCUAUUGAAAACAGAGCUGGGGUCAUUUUUCACAGAAUACCUCCAGAACCAGUUGCUGACAAAGGGCAUGGUCAUUCUCCGGGACAAAAUAAGAUUCUACGAAGGUCAGAAGUUACUGGACUCUCUGGCAGAGACAUGGGACUUUUUCUUCUGUGAUGUUCUCAACAUGCUACAGGCCAUCUUUCACCCAGUACAGGGUAAGGAGCCUAGUGUGAGACAGCUGUCUCUGCUCCAUUUCAGGAACACCAUAGUUCUGAGUGUGAAGCUGGAGGAUGCUCUGUCUCGGCCUCGCRCCCGCAUUCCCCCCUCCAUCACGCAAAUGCUGCUUAUACUGCAGGGUGUCCAUGAGUCGCGGGGUGUGAGUGAGGACUACCUGCGUCUGGAGUCUCUGGUCCAGAGGGUGGUCUCUCCUUACCUGGGCACCCACGGCCUCUACUCUGGAGAGGGCAGCGUGGCACACUGCUCCUGUGUGCUUGAGAAUCGUUUCCAGUGGUGCUGGCCUAAGCAGCCUGUGGACCAGCCAUCUAAGAACCCUGUGGUUCGUUCUAAGAGUUACAACAUCCCUCUCCUCCUGACGCCCGUGGCAGAGUACGACCCUGAUGCCAGCUCGGUGGGCAGCGGGGGCAUCAGACGCCACUCUGCCUGUGAGAUCAUCUCCUGCCUAGAGGAACAGGGCCUGGCCUACGCCGACAUUGCCUCUGGAAUUGAUCCCUCCACCUCCAGCGCCUCUGCUAACAAGCUCUGUGUGGUUCCACAGUCCACAGGAACUAUGGAGUCUCCUCUCCCCUCCCCCUUAAUCCCCCCUCUCCACUCCCCAGGACCCCUCCACAGGACGGAGGUAACAAUGACCCUCACAGACAUGGUCAAGGGUGCCCCCUCCUCUCUCCCCAGCGGAUCUUCCAGCCCAGAGACCAUCAUUGGACAGGUGCUGGAGUCCCUGGACACAGAUUUAGAUGGGAUAUUCAUAGAAUUCCCACUGCUGCUCGGAGUCAGUGGGAUAUGGUCGGGAGAGCAGGCAGAGCACUGUGUAGAGAGGGAAUCAUGGGUAGAAGAUGCGCCUUAGGCACACAUGUGUAGGAUCAGCUUACCCUCCCCAAAUAUCUUAGCUUAGACAUUGGAGGGAAGUCUUUAGGCUAGAGGCAACCUCGUCCUUAUAAGGAUUUUGUGGCUAAGUGCACUCCAUACUUCUCUCCACAAGAUACCUCUUUUUAGUCAGCAUUUCCUUGGAGAAGAAAAAACUAACUUUUGUAAGCAUUUGAUUCGAUCUGAUAAUGUCUGCAUUUUUUGGGAUGUGUUUUGUUUUGUGUGUUUUGAAACUUAACUCUCACCACUAUGAUGCCAUAACCUGUGGGCCCUUGGAUUGUGUCUGGGUUUUCUACAAAAGCUUGGGAGAACUGCAGUUACCAGAAAAGCUUUUGGAGUAAAUAGAGUAUGUGAAUAUGAUUUGGUCACAUCUUGCUCCUCAUUCUAAGAACCUGCAUAGUUCAGUAUGUAUUAACCUGGCUUGUCCCAUCUGUAUGUUCCCUCCCCCCUCUGUGAUUUUUCACUGUCAUGCCAAACAUGUAUGGCGUGAAAAUGAUAGUCAGAGAUGGCUAAAAUACAUCUGGGAUCGGUCUAUCAUCCUCUUUUCAAAGGUCAUAAAGCAGUCAUGUUAUGAUUUACUUAAUAAUGAAAUGUAACUGUUUGUUUCCUGUUUACAUAGGAAGAGAAAAUGAGGGUUUAAUGAUAUUGAAUGUUGUAUCAUUCACUGUGUUGUGCGGCACUUCAACUGUAAAUACAUUUUUGUUUUUUAGGACAGCUAGAUAUUGUGAAGUAAGCUUUUUAACUUAACUUGUGACUUCAAUAAGGCCUUUUUAACUGAAGCUAUUUUUAUGAUGUUUUACCUCAACCGUUUUUGUAUACUUUGCUUUUUUUUAAAUCUGUAAUUAGAAGUUUUUAUCCAUGAUUGUAAAUUAUCAUUAAUUUGUGAUAUCAGAUUUUAAUAAAGAUUUCAGUGGCUAAGUA